UAAAAUAAACAAAAAGGAAGCUCCUUUGGACUAUCAAUCUCAAAGUCUUUGAGCAUGUUGGUGCUGAGUUAAACUUGGUUCGAGUUGCAAUCGUUCAAUCAAAACAGGGCAACAAACGUCUCCAUUAAUGGCGGCAAAUCUUUUUCCAACCAUCUCCAUCCCGCCGAAUUUCAUCAAACCCACCACUCAGAAUGACUCAAAGCAUACCCCUCCCCACCAUUUUCAAAUUGGGUUGUUCAAAAGUUGCAAAACCAUAGAUGAGCUUGGACAGUUACACUGUUACGCGUUGAAGCAGGGUCUCAUUCGUAAACAAUCGACUGUAACUAAGCUUAUAUCCACUUGUGUGGAAAUGGGCACUUCAGAAAGCUUGGAUUUUGCUCGAAAAGCGUUCGAGCUUUUCCAUGAAGACGGGGAAGCAAAUGUCACUCUUUUUAUGUACAAUUUGUUAAUCAGAGGAUACUCUGCUGCAGGGCUUUAUGAUGAAGCUAUUUCUCUGUAUGUUCAGAUGAUCGAGUUUGGGUUUAUGCCAGAUAACUUCACGUUUCCAUUUGUGUUAAGUGCGUGUGCUAAGACUGCUGCGUUUGUUGAAGGGAUUCAGCUCCAUGGAGCUCUUCUGAAGAUUGGUUUAGAGGGAGAUAUGUUUGUUGCUAAUUCUCUGAUACAUCUAUAUGCGGAAGGUGGAGAGUUUUUGUUUGCUCGAAAGGUGUUUGAUGGAAUGCUUGAGAGAAAUGUUGUUUCAUGGACCAGCUUGAUUUGUGGUUAUUCUAGGACAGAUUUUUUUGGAGAGGCUGUGGCUUUGUUUUUCCAAAUGAUCGAGGCAGGUGUUAAACCCAAUUCUGUCACAAUGGUGUGUGUGAUAUCAGCUUGUGCCAAGUUGAAAGAUCUUGAACUAGCCAAGAGACUCCAUGCUUACAUUGAAGAGUCAGAAAUGGAGCUUAAUACUCAUAUGGUGAAUGCACUUGCGGAUAUGUUCAUGAAAUGUGGAGAAACUGGUGCUGCAAAGCGAUUGUAUGAUGAAUGUGUUGAUAAGAAUUUGGUUUUAUGUAACACAAUCAUGUCAAAUUAUGCACGCCAUGGUAUGCCGAACGAGGUACUCGCUGUCUUGGUAGAUAUGCUUCAAUUAGAUCUUCGGCCAGAUAGAGUUUCGUUGUUACCAGCAAUCUCGGCAUGUGGGCAGAUGGGUGACUAUCUACUUGGGAAAUGCUGCCACAACUAUUCUCUGAGAAAUGGGUAUGAAGGUUGGGAUAACAUUUGCAAUGCAAUGAUUGAUAUGUAUAUGAAGUGUGGAAAACAAGAAAUGGCGUACAGAGUUUUUGACGGUAUGUUAAAUAAGACCAUUGUGUCGUGGAACUCAUUACUUGUUGGUUACAUUAGAAACAAAGAUUUAGAGUCAGCUAGGAAGAUAUUCAAUGAGAUGCCGGAAAAGGAUAUUGUAUCUUGGAACACGAUGCUUAAUGCUUUGGUUCAAGAAAGUAUGUUUGAUGAAGCAAUUGAAUUGUUCCGAGAGAUGCAAUUAAAGGAAAUAAAAGUAGACAGGGUGACAAUGGUAGAAGUUGCAUCGGCAUGUGGAAAUCUUGGAGCUCUCGAACUCGCUAAGUGGGUAUAUUCCCAUAUUGUAAAGAACGCUAUCUAUUGUGAUAUGUUGCUUGAGACAGCAUUGGUUGAUAUGUUUGCUAGGUGUGGUGACCCUCAUAGUGCAAUGAAUGUGUUCAACAAUAUGCAUAGAAAAGACGUCUCAGCAUGGACAGCAGCCAUUGGAGCAAUGGCUGUGAAUGGGAAUGGUGAUCGGGCUAUAGAACUUUACAAUGAGAUGCUAAGGCAAGGGGUGAAACCAGAUCAAGUAGUUUUUGUAAACAUAUUAACGGCUUGUAGCCAUGGUGGUUUCGUGGAACAAGGGGAACACAUAUUUGAGUCAAUGAAGCAACAUGGUCUCUCUCCGCAGAUUGUUCAUUACGGUUGCAUGGUUGAUCUAUUAGGUCGUGCAGGUAAGUUAGAAGAAGCUCUAGAUAUUAUAGAGAGCAUGCCAAUGAGACCUAAUGGGAUUAUAUGGGGAUCUCUAUUGGCUGCAUGCCGUACCCAUAAAAACAUUGAUAUGGCGACAUUUGCAGCUGAAAGGUUGGCAGAAGUGGCUCCAGAAAAGACCGGGAUUCAUAUACUUCUAUCAAACAUAUAUGCCUCAGCUGAAAAGUGGGAUGAUGUUGCCAACGUGAGGCUACAAUUGAAGGAGAAAGGAGUUCAAAAAAUGCCUGGUUCAAGCUCAAUACAAGUCGAUGGAGUUAUUCACGAGUUUACCUCAGGUGACAGAUCACACCCAGAAAAUUACAGCAUUGACAUGAUGUUAAACGAAAUUACCAGCAGGCUUGGGGAUGUUGGCUACGUUCCUGACGUGACCAAUGUUCUUCUUGACGUAAAUGAGCAGGAAAAACAAUAUCUACUCAAUCGACACAGCGAGAAGCUGGCCGUGGCUUACGGGCUUAUAAGUACAAAAAAGCAUGUACCAAUUCGUGUUAUGAAGAAUCUCCGAAUGUGUUCAGACUGUCAUUCAUUUGCCAAAUACAUUUCAAAAGUGUAUCAUAGGGAAAUAACAGUACGUGAUAAUAAUAGGUUUCACGUCUUUAGACAAGGGUCUUGUUCAUGUGGUGAUUAUUGGUAAUGUAAUUCUCAGAUAGGAAAGAAGUGUAAGAUAAAUAUGCAUCUUCAAUAUUGAUUUA